UGGGUUUAAGGACGGGGUCCUUGGAGGGUUUACGAUAAGGCUACCCUCCUCACUCUCGCGCCACCGACUCCCCACCGUUUCUCAAGCCCAUGGAAGUAGUCGCCUCUCAGUCAUUGCUCUCGUUCUCUUCCAAUCUUUGCAAAGCAAAAGUUUACCGGAAGCUAUGCCUGCAGAGCGUGAAAACCAAUGGAAGUUUGGAGGUAGUUGCUCGUGGCAUUCUGGCUCCGAGAAAGUUCAUGCAAAGGAGAAAGAAAGAAGAGGUUUUCAAGGAUGCUGCUGAUGAAAUGGAGCAGAAGAAUUGGAGGAGAAUGAUGAGGGAGAUUGAAGAGCAGGGAUGUGCUGUGCAAGUUCUUAGGAUGCAAAGGACCAAAGCACAGGCACUUCCUAGAGAUCUUGUUCUUGGAACCCUUGUGAGGUUUAAGCAGUUGAAGAAAUGGGGCAUUGUUGGUGAGAUUCUUGAAUGGCUUAGGAGCCAGCAUUGGUGGGAAUUCAGUGAGAUGGAUUUUUUAAUGUUGAUCACAGCUUAUGGAAAGACUGGGGAUUUCAACCGGGCAGAGCGGGUCCUUAAGUAUAUGAACAAGAAAGGCUAUACUCCAAGUGUAAUAUCUCACACAGCCUUAAUGGAAGCAUAUGGAAGGGCUGGGCAAUGCAGUAAGGCUGAAGGUAUCUUUCGCAGGAUGAAAUCAUCAGGGCCAGAGCCAUCUCCAUUAACAUAUCAAAUCAUUCUUAAAACUUUUGUUGAGGCAAACAAAUUUGAGGAAGCUGAGGCAGUUUUCCAAAAUCUUUUGAAUGAAGAGAGAGCUUCUUUUAAGCCUGACCAGAAAAUGUUCCAUAUGAUGAUAUACAUGUACAAGAAAGCUGGCAAUUACAACCAAGCUCGAAAAAUAUUUUCCCAAAUGGCUGAAAAAGGGAUCCCGCAAAGUGCUGUUACCUUUAAUAGCCUAAUGUCUUUUGAAACCAGCUACAAGGAGGUUUCGAGCAUAUAUGACCAGAUGCAAAGAUCCGGGAUAAGACCUGAUGUGGUGAGCUAUACACUUCUAAUCAGUGCGUAUGGGAAGGCCAGGCGAGAGGAUGAAGCUUUGGCAGUUUUUGAGGAGAUGCUAAAUGCUGGUGUCAGGCCAACAAGAAAAGCAUACAACGUUUUGCUAGAUGCAUUUGCAAUUUCUGGAAUGUUGAAGGAAGCCAAAACUGUUUUCAAGAGCAUGAAAAGGGACAAAGUUAGUCCUGACCUCUGCUCCUACGCAACCAUGAUCUCUGCAUAUGUGAAUGCUUCUGACAUGGAUGGAGCAGAAAAAUUCUUCCGCCGCUUGAAAGAAGAUGGUUUAAAGCCAAAUGUUAUUGUCUAUGGGACCCUGAUGAAAGGUUAUGCAAAGACAAAUAAUAUUGAAAGGGUAAUGCGUGUAUAUGAGAGAAUGAGGAUGCAGGGUGUAGAAUCUAACCAAGCAAUAUAUACUAUCAUCAUGGAUUCAUAUGGUAAGAACUCAGAUUUUGAAAGUGCAGUUAUUUGGUUCAAGGAAAUGAGGAGAGGUGGAUUAUCUCCUGACCAGAAAGCAAAGAACAUUCUUUUGUCUCUAGCGAAAACACCAGAAGAACAGGAGGAAGCAAAUGAGCUUGUGAUCAAUGAGGGAAGUGAUGACAGUAAUGGUGCAGAGAUAAUUGGAGAUCUUUCUUCAUUUGAUGAAAAUGAAGAUAAGGUUCAUCACUUGGAAAGGAGGACAAUCGAAUAUUUGUAUAUUGGUGACAAUAGUGAUGAUGAGGAUGAUGAUGAUGAAAUGGAGGAUGAGGGUUUAGAUUUUGUUUCUUCCGAAGAAAAGGAAGAAAUUUCAGUUGCCAAAAAAUUAUUUGAUUCUGAGAGUGGAAAUUAAUGUACAGUUAAAACUUGUACCAUUUUUUUUACAUUAAUGUGGUAAAUGAGUUCUUACAAACGGUGCUGAUACAUUCUUGCAGAUGCCAACUGAUCUUAAAAAGAAUGCUGAAAUCAGGCAAAGUUUCUUGAUCUUAAUGUUGUAAAUGAAAGAUUUUGUUAAAAGAAUUUCUCGGUUCCACUA